CGGCAGAUGGCAGAAAUGCAAACGAUGUUACGUGCUGAGCGAGAGAGGAAUGACGUCUUGGAGCAGCGCAUGAGACAAUUCGAGGCCUUCAUGGCCUCUAUGAGAGUAUCACAUGUUCAGCAGUCUUCACCUGCAAACGUAGGUAGUACGUCGUCUGUUAAUAGUGCAUCUGCAGGUAAUGCGACAACGAUUGGUCCGUUGUCGCCUAUUGGACAACAGCUGAGCCAGCACUCCCGUGUCGCUACACCGUCCCUUGCGCAGCAAUUGCCGGUCGGGGAGUACACGCCUGGGACGAUACCUCCUGAUUCGCAGGGACGCCCUUCAAAUCAGGCUUACAGGUUGUUUCCUGUUGGAACUUUGCAUCCAGUUUUAACUGGAGUGUUUGUUUUGAUGAGUUUGGGUACAACCUUCUAA